GAAAAACUUCCGCCAGUCAGGUUGCUAAAACUGUGGGGACUCCAAGAGGCUGGCUGUAUUUGGUCCUACCCGUCCACCCCAGACCCGCCCCUGUGUUCCAAGAUCCACCUAGGCACCAGUCGCUACCCGCAUUCCUGUUUCCUGACUCUCGAAGCUCAAGCGUUCUUCCCCAUCGCCCCAACCAACUACCGUCACACCUUCUUCCUCAUGGCCCCAUUCAGCUGCUGUUCAGACACUUAGGCUCCAUUCUCUUAGUGUACUAAGGUUCUGUCCCUGUCCCCUCACCCUACCCAACUUGUCCCUCAAGUCACAUCCCUACACUUUGACCAGGUCCCCGGUCUCUAGGCUCCAAGACGCAGGUCUUGCCCGCUUUCCUGUCAGUCACUCAGGCCACAUCACUCAUGAUGAUUGUGCUCAGGAGCCUGUAAGGCCUGCAAGGAGUUCAAACUUCUCCCUCAGUCUUCUAACCUGGCUCGGAGGCCCAGGCCCGCCCCUGCUCUCUGGUCCCGCCCCCGAUUGUCGGUAUCGGGCCUCAGCACCCGCCCCAGGUCUGGCCCCGCCUCCGCGGUAUUCUUGUCUUGCUAACCCCUUCGUCCUCACCUCUAACCCUCCGAUCCCUGUCUCUGUGUCGAUCAUUUGAGUCUCGCCCUCUUCCCAGGCAGCGUCAGAUCUUCGGGCCUCACUCCUAAACUUUUCCGGCUCCUGGUCUACCAGCCGUCUUCAACACUCAGGCCCCACCCCUUUCUCCAACUCCGCCCUGGCCCCGCCUUCGCCCAGAGGUUCCCACUCACCGACUCCUCCAACCGACCAAAGUUCAGACCGCGGCCCCCUGGGCCCAGGGCAGGGCGGGGAACGGCCGUAGCAGAAAAUAACCGAAAAGAACGGGAAUGAAGCGGGUGAUGGCAAGUGGGCGAGACAGCGAGGGCGGACCCCGAGAUCUAGGCCCCGCCCCCGGGCUCGAGGCCCCGCCCUCCGGUGAGCCAGCUAAAGACCGGCCCCUUACGAACCUGGAUCUCCCUUUGAAAUAUUCCGACGUCUUCUUCCCCGCCCCCAGGGCUUUAAGUCCUAGGCCCCACCGCUUUAGAAAGUUAUCCUUAGCUCCUCCCCUUUAUAAGUGCUCCGCCCCUCGCCGUUAGUCCCUCCCUCGAAGCUCCGCCCAUUACGAACACUGCUACGUAGCUCCUCCCUUUCAGCUCUCUCAUGGGCCCCGCCCAGAAGACAAUUUACUUCUAAACUCCACCCUUUUAGGACCCCACAACGUCUCUUCUCAAGACCCUCUCCUUCCUCGGGCCUGCCUAGAAGGCCCAUCCACCGCGGAGCCGCCCCUUCCAUGACGCAAGCGCUUUUCCGCGCCCUCGGCUUCCUCACCGACUCUCCUUCCCAAGGCCCUCCGACCCCGCCCCCUUGCGAAGGCUCCCUUCUCGCCCCACCCCUUUUCGAACCCUAUCAGGUACUCAGCUCCUCCCAUUUAAAACCCAAAGCGAAGACCCUCACCUCUUUAGAACCCUGAGGCCAGGCCAUGUCCCGGACCCUUCCCCACAUCCUCAAGGAUCAAUGGCGCGGAUGGGUGGGAAAGUGGGGGAUCCUUUCUGGAUCCUGUGAAAAUGGGGGCUGGGGGGCUGUUCUCUGGAGCCAGUGACGGGCUCUAGGACCCAGCGGGCAAGUACGCCCGCCUCGCGCUUACCCCUCCCCCAAGCCGCCCCCUCCCCCUCCCCCAUCUUCCAGGUUCCCCCUCCCUCCCCCGUCGCCCCGGCUCCCGGUGCCCGUCUCUAGCGCCGCCGGAGCCAGCGAGGGAGCCGGAGCGAACAGGAGGAGGAGGAGGAGGAGGAGGAGGAGGCCAAGUCGCCGCCGCUCGGAGCCCGGCCGGAGCCUCCCAGACCACCUUGGAGUGUACCCUGAGGCCAGGCUUGGUUUACAACAAAGUGAACCCCAUCUUCCAUCACUGGAGCCUGGGUGACUGCAAGUUUGGACUGACGUUCCAGAGUCCCGCAGAGGCUGAUGAGUUCCAGAAGAGCCUGCUGGCCGCGCUGGCCGCGCUGGGUCGAGGACACCGCAGAGACUCCCUGCCCUCUGACGUCCCAUGUGGACAGCGAGUCCUCCUCCAGUCACAGCCGCCAGGAGACGCCUCCCACUGCCCCGGCGGCCACUAUCAUUACCGUGGAGUCAGCUUCUGGCUUCGGGCCGGCUUCGUCACCCCAGCACCACCGCUCCUCUGCUCAGAGCUACCCUCCGCUCCUACCAUUCACGGGGAUUCCGGAGCCCUCAGAGCCCCUGGCCGGGGCAGGGGGCCCGGGCUGGGGCGGCCGUGGCUAUGAGGAUUACCGGCGCGCCGGGCCGCCCGCGCCCCUCGCCCUGUCCACCUGCGUCGUGCGCUUCGCCAAGACCGGCGCGUUGAGGGGCGCAGCCCUGGGGCCCCCCGCCGCACUACCCGUCCCUCUCUCCGAGGCUGCGCCCCCAGCGCCCCCCGCUCGCCCACCCCCGGGCCCCGGCCCUGCCCCUGCGCCCGCCAAAGCUUCCCCCGAGGCGGAGGAGGCGGCGCGCUGCGUGCACUGCCGGGCGCUCUUCCGCCGCCGCGCGGACGGGCGCGGUGGUCGCUGCGCGGAAGCCCCGGACCCGGGUCGCCUGCUGGUGCGUCGGCUCAGUUGCCUGUGGUGCGCCGAGAGCUUGCUCUACCACUGCCUGUCGGACGCCGAGGGCGACUUCUCGGACCCGUGCGCCUGCGAGCCGGGCCACCCGCGCCCCGCGGCGCGCUGGGCCGCGCUGGCCGCGCUCUCCCUGGCGGUGCCCUGCCUCUGCUGCUACGCGCCCCUGCGCGCGUGCCACUGGGUCGCGGCGCGAUGCGGCUGCGCCGGCUGCGGGGGUCGCCACGAGGAGGCGGCGCGGUGAGGACGGCCUGGUGGGUCCGGUAGCUGCACCGAGGACCCCAAACUGAGGGUCCAGGACCCUGGACUCCGUUCGGACCCCCACACCCAAACCUAGGCACACCCGGAACUUGGAGCUUGAGUUUGGAUUGAGAGACCCCAGACCUGGAACCUGGACCCCAAAUCUAGGACUGAGAGACCCCAGACCCAGCUUCAUUGGGAUGUCUGUCCAAGAGGUCCCAGGCAUCCUGAGUUCUGGUGUCCCCAUCCCGCCACCAACCCCCCUCCCUGACCUAGACUGAGGAGACUCCAGGCAUCCCCAAACUCUUCACCUCAGGCAGGCUGGGGAGCACAUGUAUCCCUGAGAGACGCAGGGUCCGAACCCUGACUCCCUGUUCAAAUAACCAACCCAGACCCCAUCAUGCCUGACACCGUGAGCCCUCAGAUUACAGUGAGUCAGGAGUUGCCAAUACCUGACCCUGCCUGCAUAUAAUUACUCCCAGAUUUUGAGACCAUAGAACCCAGAUUCACCCCAAAUGGUCCUUGAAUGCUCACCUAAAACUUGGGGCACCCAUAUCUGAGAUAUUCUUGUAGCCCCCAGGACCCUGGAGGCACCAAACCCUCUUAAGAUGCCCCGAGUCCAUAGGUAUGCCCAAACAGAUGUUCUCUGACCAAAAUGACUUGCGAGACCCAUCUCCGAGCCUCCCCCUAUCCUCCCCACCAAGAUCUAGAUGUCAGACUCCAGGAUGCUCUGGGAACCAAGGAUCAAAGACCUCUGUAGACCCACUCACCCCAAGCCAGUGUUCCCAGAGCUUUGGAUCUCAUAUAUAGGACUCUGAGGUGCCUAGUACUCCGGAUGUGGUACUGAAGACCACCCACACCUUAGGGCCCAAGGCACUGGUCUCAAGUCCUCAGAUAAUCCUCUUUCAAAAUCCCUUAGACUUGGAUUUCAAGCCCCAGAAUGGCCUGGAAUCUUUGGCUGCUUUGUACCCACAGAUCCCCAAUCCCCUCAAGGCUGGAAGCUCAGCUUCCAGAUGAUGGGAUGUUCAUGGCAACCCAGACCUCUCACCCCUUGGCCCCCAGCUCCUGAAUGACCCUGAGGUGCUUUGGGAGCACUGGUUCCAAGAUCCCAAGGUGCCAUUGGUCCCCCAAAUUCAGGGCUUAAGCCUACACAACAUUGGGAUUGUCCCUGACUCAAGACCUUGGUCCCUUCAUACCAGAGACAACUGAGGUGCUCCAGGACCAAAGCACCUUCAGAUCCCAGAUUUCUUUGGACCCAGACCUCUUAAGCCUGAUAUUCCCUGAGACCUGCUGCCCUUGAAUUCUGCUGUCCAUAAGCCCCUGAAACCCCAAGGUCCCAGACCUCUGAUUUCAAGCCCCAAGGACCCCAGCCCAAGCCCCCAGCAUCUCACAGAACUACUCCUUUACUAGGGUAAAAAACAACCAAAAAACCCAUCAUCUUGAGCUCAUGUUCCUGGAUUCCAGGAGCACCCCAGAGCUCCCCACACCCAUCUCUAGGACCUAGCAUUGUCAUAGAUGAUUGUGCAGGCUGUUCACUAAGCAAAGACACAACUCAAGGUGAGGGUGUGGCUCGAAUUCACACCACACUCGGCUGGCUGCACUGUGCACAGAGUCACUUUUUAGGCUAGCUAUGGCUCUACACACACACACACACACGCGCGCACACACACGCACACACACACACUCCCCUUGUGCUCUGUCCCAAGCCCAACCUGAAGCCCCAGCCCUAGUCCAAGUUUUUUAUGUUUUGCCCUGUUAACUCCUUCCCCUCCAUCUCAGAGUUGGGGGUUGCUUUGUAAAAUUUGGAAGCCGUUUUCAUGGCCCUCUGUGAUGCCACAGUCUCUUUUCCCUGAGUGGAAUGGGACUUUUGGGGUACCUCAGGUCUGAUGGCCUGAAGCAGAGGAUUACGGUCUUGGAUCAAGACAAUCUCAAUGCUGUAUGGGUUUGGGACCCGCAUGUGGUCCCAAGCAUCUGGAAAUGUGCACUUACCUUUCUUCAUUACCCAGACUUGGAUGGCCUUGUAGGGGUUCAAGGGAUAGGUCAAGGGGGUCAGAGGGCUAGAUCCUCUGUCACUUCCUUUAAAUUAUUAACUAUUACAUCCGGAACCUGUGAGAUUCCGCUCUCCCAACCAGACCCUGGGAUGGGUGAGAGAAAAGGGGGAUGUCCCUCCCAUCCCCACUCUGCCCAGCUCUUGUCACUGUCAGACCCACCAGAGCUGAGGGCGGAGGGACCGGGGGCUGGGGUGGCCUGGGUCCCCAUCCCCCUCUCUGUGCCUCGGUCUCCUCCCUUCCGUGGUGGGCGGGGGGAAGCUCCAUUCUUAACCUACCUCGUUUUGGGGAGGGGUGGGACGGGGACCAGAGUGCUGUAAGGUGCUGUGGGAUCUGCGGAUGAAGCGGUGGGAGCUGGGGAAGGUUCCCCCGGCCCCCACCUCCCAGCACCGCCUCUCCCAGGUCUCCCAGUCCUGCUCCCUGCUGAUACCCACCUCUGAUCCAUGAUUACUCUUCAUCACCCCCAAAUCAGGGGUGCAUGGAGGGCUGACCCUGGGAGCCAGGAAGACCUCAGACCCUGGAGCCCCCAGGCCCAAUUUCCCAGCUGCUUGCCCCUCAGAUUGGAUGCUUGGCCCCCAGACUUGGGGGAGGCACCCCGACAUUUAUCUUCCUGAUCUUGAUUCCAAGCCAGUCUGUGACCUCAAUAUUGUUAUCGUCAGUGCAGGCUGCUGUGGCGGGGGAGGAUGGGGGCCAAAGACCC